AUGCAUGUCCUUAUCCUCCUUGUAGGUGUUGAAACUACAAUAUGUAGAAUUAAAUAAAUGUGUCAACGUUAUCUGCCCACGGUUUUCUACAAAACCGUAACAGGCAUGAGACUCCCUCCUCCUCAUCAUCCUCCUCCUCCUCUUCCUCACACGGAACGAGGACACCAGAGCAAGCCCACCUCCUCCCGUCUCUCCGCUCAAACCACCUCGCACCGACGGCCUACUGCAGCUGUAGCGCAGCUGGGCGAUGGCAUCGGCCGUCCUUUACGCGACACGGGUCUGAUUGUGCAGAGGAAGAAGAAUUAGAAGAAAAGGAAGACACAGAGGAACGGCUCGUCUGGUGGUCGCUCGUCGCGCGCUAACGGACUCUAUUUCCCACCCUCCCGUCAUGGCGCUGUGUGCGUCGGCUCCGCGGACACAAUGGAUGGCGGCUCUCUGGCUGCUUGCAGCGCUGUGGGGACGCGCGGCCGCCAUCACCCGCUACUCCAUCCCGGAGGAGAUGGCGGCGGGCUCGGUGGUCGCUAACCUGGCCACGGAUCUCGGACUGGAGGUCCGCAGCCUGAAGGAGCGGGCGGCGAAGCUCGACGUGAUCCAGAGCAAGAACUACCUCGACAUCAACAAAGAGACGGGAGACCUGGUGAUCCGCGAGAAGAUCGACCGGGAGAGCAUCUGCAUGAGUAAGACCGCCUCGUGCUUCCUGAAGAUGGACGUGGUCCUGGAGAACCCAAUCCGGAUCUUCAACAUCGAGCUGGAGAUCAUGGACAUCAACGACAACGCGCCGGUGUUCCGGAGGAAGACGAUGCACCUGGACAUCUCCGAGGCGGCCGCUCCCGGCGAGAGAUUCUCUCUCACGAACGCCGUGGAUGCGGACGUGGGCGCGAACUCCAUCAAGACCUACUUCCUCAGCGAGAGCGACUCGUUCAGCAUCGACAUACAGACCGGCAGCGACGGGUCGAAAUACGUCGACCUGGUUCUCAACAGCGAUUUGGACAGAGAACAACGCGGUCUCCAGACGUUGAUCCUGACGGCGGUGGACGGUGGCGUUCCCGCCCGCUCCGGGACGGCCAGCAUCGUCAUUAACGUUCUCGAUAUCAACGACAACGCCCCCGUGUUCAAUCAGUCUGUAUACACCGUCAAUGUCACGGAGAACGCGUCGCUCGGCUCGGUCGUGAUGACUUUGAACGCGACGGAUCAGGACGAAGGUAAGAACGCCGAGUUGUUGUACUCCUACACGCUUUACACGUCCGAGAAGACCCAGGAGAUCUUCUCUCUAGACCCCAACACCGGCGAGAUCAAAGUGAAGGGGCCCAUCGACUAUGAGGAGAUCCAAAGUUUUGAGAUGUACAUCCAGGCCCACGAUAAGGGCUCCACGCCGCUGUCGGGCCAGUGUAAGGUCACACUGUACGUGGUGGACCUCAACGACAACUAUCCCGUGGUCACCAUCAAGUCCCUGAAGACGCGGGUCCCGGAGGACGUCCCCGUGGGGACGCUGAUCGCCGUGGUGAGCGUCAGCGACAAGGACUCGGGCGCCAACGGCGAGGUGGAGAUCUCCCUGAACCACGCCGCCCGGCUGCCCUUCGUCCUCAACAAGUCCUCGGAGGACUACCUGGAGCUGCUGGUGUCCCAGCCCCUGGACCGCGAGACCACAAGCCGCUACGAGAUCACGCUGAGGGUCCGGGACCGCGGCUCCCCCCCGCUGGGCGAGAACGAGACCCUCAUCCUGGAGGUGCUUGACAUCAACGACAACGCGCCCGCCUUCCCGCAGUCGUCCUACACCAUCCACGUGGCGGAGAACAACGCCCUGGGCGCGCUGCUCACCUCGCUGAGCGCCUACGACCCGGACCUCAACGAGAACCAGUACCUGGUGUACUUCAUCAUGGAGAAGGAGGUGGCCAACACCUCCAUGUCCAUGCUGUUCUCCAUCAACCCCGAGAACGGGAACCUCUACGCCCUGAAGACCUUCGACUACGAGAUCGAGCGGGACUUCCUGUUCCACGUGGAGGCGCGGGACUCGGGCAGCCCGCCGUUGAGCGCCAACGUGACGGUGCGCGUAGUGGUGCAGGACCAGAACGACAACGCCCCGGUCAUCGUGGCGCCGUGGCGGCCCCAGGGUUCGGUGGUGGAGGAGGUCAUCCCCCGCUCGGCCGACAAGGGCCACCUGAUCGCCAAGGUGAUCGCCAUCGACGCCGACGCGGAGCAGAACGCCCGCGUCACCUACCAGGUGCUGCAGAUGAGCGACGCCUCGCUGUUCAGCCUGGACCAGUACAACGGCGAGAUCCGCACCGCGCGCAUGUUCAGCUACCGCGACCCGCGCCAGCAGCGGCUGGUCAUCGUCGCCAAGGACAACGGGGAGCCGCCGCUGUCGGCCACGGUGACGGUGAAGAUCGCCACGGUGGAGAACGCCCUGCCCUUCUCCGAGGCCACGGAGGUGCCCAUCGAGUACGACGUGUUCACCGACCUCAACCUGUACCUGGUCAUCGGCCUGGGCGCCGUCUCCUUCCUGCUGCUCAUCACCAUCCUGGUCAUCAUCGUGCUCAAGUGCCAGAAGCCCAAGCCCAAGCCGCUGAAGAUGCCGCCGCCCAACCGCAACAGCGUCAUCAGCCGCAACAGCAUCAUCAGCCAGCGCAGCUCCACCAUCGCCGACUCCACGCUCAUCUCCAGCGACGCCUACUGGUACAGCCUCUUCCUGGCCGAGACGCGCAAGGGCAACGUGGUGGUGCGUCAGCCCAUCGUCCCCAAGGGCGCCGGCUACUUCGUGUCCAGCAUACCCCGGAGCAUCGGCCCGUCGGAGAUCAGCGACUCCCGGGCCUCCACCCUCGAGUACUCCAAAUGAAAGGACCCGUUCGGAGCUGCCCUGGAGGAGGAGGAGGUCAAGAUGAAACCGUCCACUCGAGGGACUCUCUCUGAGGAACACUGCACCGUUUGUUAAAAAAAAACACACAAAAUAAACAAAGAUAGAAGGAAAAAGAAAAGCUUUGGAUCCGAGCUUCUGAAACUCUGCAUAAACCCCGGCCCGCCGGCCAGCUGACCUCGUCCAGGACCCCGUCUCCUCCCUGCUGCCCGUCACCUCCGUCAGCAUGCACCUGCACGUCUCCAUCUCCUCUUUCUUUACAGUAUUCAAAAAAUAAGAGUAAGAAAACAACACAAAAAGUAUUUUAUAACGACCUCCAGGCCAGUUCAGGGUGUAUUUUAUCAAGUAUUUUAACUCUUAGAUUCAACUUCUAGAAACACUUAAAACCGGGAUCCAUGUCAUCUCUUAACGGGUAAGUCAAGCUGUCAAAAUUGAACCACAUGGCGCGAGUAUUUGUAACGUAUUUGAAUCACUUAUCAGUAUAGCAUCAUUAUCAGCAGCCAUUAACAGACUCAUGCUGACUGCUUAAAUACACGCCAACAACAAACCUACUUCACCCACAGCACGAAGGGCCCCUAUUCGACCAGGGAUGGAUCAGCCCAGCAGUUGGUACAUUCCAAAGGAGACAAGUAGGCUGGCUGUCCGUCAAACAUCUGGGCGUGUACUUCCACUAUGAUGUCAUAACAGGGUAAAUUUGAACUAGCUCGUAAAGGCUAAUGAGAAGGACACCUAGUGGUACAACACGGGGCGCGUAACCAAGACGCUUUUAUAAGGAGAAGCAAGGAGAGAUGGAGAAUAAAUAUAUAGCGCAGUUUAUAUUCUAAACUGCAGUCUAACUUAUAAUUCAACGGUACAAUCCAGACGGUUCCUACGAUGAAAAAAAAUAAGUUGAAAUUGAUUCAAUAGAGUUCCAACGUAAAACCCAAUAGUUUUCUAAAACUAGAUUAUACUAUUGAUUAAAAAUGAGAAAAAAAGUAUUCUUUCAAAGCAAAGCAUUUGAGGAAAAAAAUGUUUUGCCUAUUUUGUAAUUAUGAAUUGUAUGAAAAGAACAAGACGGUUUCAUUAUGGAAAAAAUUUUGGUUUUAAGUUUUACUGGAAUAUAAUUUUCCAGUGGCUGUGUGUAUUUUUAUUAAUAUUUUUUAUGUUUAAUUUAUAUAUAUAUAUAAUGUGACAAUUAAUUGCUGCUUUUGUGAGUAUCUUGAAUGAUUUUGUGUUGCAUAUUUGUACUAAAGUCCACACACUGUUUGGACACGUGAGAAAAGCUUGAAAGUUUCACAGUCCGAAAUAAUCAGCGAUCUUGGAGAAAGAGGAAGAGAGUAGAGAGUUGACCCCAGAACUGAAAGAAGAACAGCCGUCUUAUCAUGAAUAUAUGUACAACAAUAUCUAGUAAGUAUUAAGGCAAUCAGCAUAAGGGAGCGAAAUAAUCCAUUAGUGUUGAACCUCGUAUUAAAAUGAAGGAUAAGGAUAAAGCUAUUGAUAAGUUUGAAGGUAUUAGUCAUUUAAACAUUACUCUAUUCAAAUGCUUCCUAUUGGUUUCUUUGACGACAGGAACCGCCCAUGACUGCUGUUGCUCACGUUUGAUUGGUUCAUUCUCCCAUGCUGCAGAGCCAAACCCAUAGACCUCUGAAGAAUAAGUCCCGCCUCCGAGACCCCGGGUCCCUCGGGCAAAUGUCUAUGGCAAAUAACUUGGGUUUUUGAAUGAUCGUACAUAACAAACUCUCUAGGUGGUGAAGAAGUAAAAGCUGGUUCACGUUUUAAACUACACACUUUUUCCAUCUAGCUUCGACUGGGUAUUUGGAUUGUCGGUGCCGUUAAAGUAGCAUUAAUAAUAGUUUACUACUUUAACCAACCAACCAAUCCAAAAUCCCAGUUGAAACUAGAUGGACAAAAGUGUGUAGUUUAAAACAUGAACCAGCUUUUACUUCUGCGCUAUCUACGGAGUUUGUUAUGUGCGAUCAUUCAAGAAACCCAUCUGACAUUAGACCGAGGGAACCGGCGCCUCGGAGGCGGGACUUAUUCCUCAGAGGUCCAUUCUAACCAAACCGAUUGGCCACGACUAACAGAAACAUAAACAGCCAGACCAGAUGUGCUACUUUGUGCCUUGGCGCUCGUUCCUCUCCGGCGCGGCGUCCUGAACGCAGGUUACUCCACCAGUCCCCCUUGUUGCCUGGGAAACCGAUCUGGAUUGAUUAGAACGCCCCGAGGGGCGUCGGCACGCUAUGACCCCUGACCCCCCUGACCCCUGACCCCCCUGACCCUCUGACCCGUCGCACUUCACAACAGAUGCUCUGUUGCUUCCUCAUCAACACGCGGAAACGUCUAUAAAUCCUCCCCCCCCCCCCCCCUCUUAACCCCCCUACUCCUUUAUACUUUGUGCUUUUUUAUAUCCAUAUAAAUAUAUAUACAUACAGUGCAUUCUUUUGAUAACGUUUGAUUUCCUGUUAUUACUUGGCGAUGCUUGCUUGUUGUGGUUUCUCGUUCCCGUCUGCUUCCUAGUUCUUUCUUUGCUCAUCGGUCGACCAGAAUGUACAGUUUAUAUCCUGAAACAACGCCGUUCCCGUGUGUCUCCGUGUGUCUUUAGUGGUGGUGUGUGAGAGAGAGAGAGAGAGAGAGAGAGAGAGAGAGAGAGAGAGAGAGAGAGAGAGAGAGAGAGAGAGAGACCCUAGGUUUCAUUUCAAAGCAGUGAAAUAUGCGUUUUUCCAGUUUAUUUCGAUUGAAAUGUUCUGCCCGACGAUGCAGAUUUGAAAUAAAAUCUUUUAAUCCGU